UGUCCCCCACAAAUGUGCACACUCCUCUAGACGAGGGGACACCCCUCGACUUUCAAGGGGAUACUCCUCUUGAAAUGGGGAUGUCCUUCCCUUUAUAAGGGGAUGCUCCUCCGAAAUUGGUAUAUUCAUCGGGCAUAGGGGACGUCCCUCCGGCACCCCCGCCGGCCCGUGGAAUCGGCCGCUGACCCGACAAAUUGCUUCCUAGUUCAUCUAAAUCACAACAUCCGCAAGACUCACAUGGCCGGUGCUCCAGCGGUACGUCUUGGCUCUCGAGAAUAUGGAGACGGAGGAGAGAGAGUUGAUGUCUCGUGAAGAACUGCAGACACCACUUCAUGCGAGUACAGCAGAGGAGAUGUCUCGUGAAGAACUGCAGACACCACUUCAUGCGGGUACAGCAGAGAAGAGAGGGGAGAUGUCAAGUGAAGAACUGCAGACACCACUUCAUGCGAGUACAACAGAGGAGAGAGAGGAGAUGUCAAGUGAAGAACUGCAGACACCACUUCAUGUGAGUACAGCAGAUGAGAGAGAGAUGUCUCGUGAAGAACUGCAGACACCACUUCAUGCGAGUACAACAGAGGAGAGAGAGGAGAUGUCAAGUGAAGAACUGCAGACACCACUUCAUGCGAGUACAGCAGAGGAGAGAGGGGAGAUGUCUCGUGAAGAACUGCAGACACCACUUCAUGCGAGUACAACAGAGGAGAGAGAGGAGAUGUCAAGUGAAGAACUGCAGACACCACUUCAUGCGAGUACAGCAGAGGAGAGAGGGGAGAUGUCUCGUGUAGAACUGCAGACACCACUUCAUGCGAGUACAACAGAGGAGAGAGGGGAGAUGUCAAGUGAAGAACUGCAGACACCACUUAAUGCGAGUACAGCAGAGGAGAUGUCUCGUGAAGAACUGCAGACACCACUUCAUGCGAGUACAACAGAGGAGAGAGAGGAGAUGUCUCGUGAAGAACUGCAGACACCACUUCAUGCGAGUACAGCAGAGGAGAGAGGGGAGAUGUCAAGUGAAGAACUGCAGACGCCACUUAAUGCGAGUACAGCAGAGGAGAGAGGGGAGAUGUCAAGUGAAGAACUGCAGACUCCACUAAAUGCGAGUACAGCAGAGGAGAUGUCUCGUGAAGAACUGCAGACACCACUUCAUGCGAGUACAACAGAGAAGAGAGGGGAGAUGUCUCGUGUAGAACUGCAGACACCACUUAAUUUGUGUACAACAGAGGAGAGAGGGGAGAUGUCAAGUGAAGAACUGCAGACGCCACUUAAUGCGAGUACAACAGAGGAGAUGUCUCGUGAAGAACUGCAGACACCACUUCAUGCGAGUACAACAGAGAAGAGAGGGGAGAUGUCUCGUGAAGAACUGCAGACACCACUUCAUGCGAGUAGAACAGAGGAGAGAGGGGAGAUGUCAAGUGAAGAACUGCAGACACCACUUCAUGCGAGUACAGCAGAGGAGAGAUUAAGUUCUCCCCAAGCAUCUUCCAAACAUGUGAGGAGGUAUCUACGAAGGACGAAAGAGCCCUUGUACAUUUGCCCUACGUGUGGCACGCAAAUAUUCACGGAACAAGGAGCGAAACAACAUGCCAAGAGGCAUACAGAGGCGGCAUGCAAGUAUCAUUGUGUUCAAUGUUCUAAAAAGUUUAUUGUAAAAUCAGAGUACACAAGGCAUGCUUGUAUGACAAAAGGAGAAGUGUACAAAUGUCAGCAGUGUCCUGCAGAGUUUAACUCGAAACAAGGACUUCGGCUACACGAGUCAUCCCACACAAGGAAAACUGUUACAUGCAAGGAGUGUGGGCAACAGUAUGAUUCGUCAUACAGACUGAGGUAUCACUAUAAAAAAGAACAUGAGUCACCGAUAAAGAAAUCGUGUCGCUUCUGUCACAAAGAACUAAGCACAAGAUCUGCUAGGAAGAGACAUGAACCAGUCUGCAAAGACAAUGACAAAACAAAGCCAGCGUUAUACAAAUGUGACCAUUGUUCGAAACUAUUCAGAACAAAAUGGAACCUGGCAAGACACACGGGAACACAUACGGAGCACAGGGAGUGUGCAAUUUGCAACAAAGCUUUUAAAAAUGAUCAGCAGCUUAAUGAACACAUGGUAGUACACACGGGGGUGCAAUGCACCGUUUGCAAAAAAUACUAUAAGGAUGAUCAUUCUCUGAACAAGCACAUGAAUAAGCAUCAUAGCGUAUAAUUCAGAUAGGAUAUAAUCACUCUCAACAUUGAUUCCAACCAUAUCAAAACUUCUGAAGUGAUUUUAGUCUUGAACUACUUUAAAAAAUAUGUCCUUUUUUUGCUUGAUUUGCACUUCCCUUUUUCUGGCAUGGUAAGCAGAUUGAAAUUACAUUUUUCCAAAGACUAAAAUUACAAAGUUCCUAAAUGUUCUUUUGUUCCCACGAGUAGUUUUCCAGAAACAUAGUUUACAUUUUCAUACUUCAUGAUACUUUUCUACUUGACUUUGAAACAUCAUAUACACCAUUUUCAUACAUGGACUGUCUUUACACUAACUGCAAGGUUCCUUUAAGGGGCACAAUGGUCCAUUG